AUGAGACACAUUCUGGUUGCUUUAGUUUUGUGUCUAGGCGCUGUGUACGCCCAGAGUCCUGAGGAGAACCAAGAUUCCAUUAAUCCGGACCUGUUUGAAGGAGAUAUGAUUCUAGAACCAGGUCAGCGAUUGGCGGCUGAGUUUGGGCUUGAUCUUGAUGGGCUUAACCGUGGAAGCGUCAGAAACCGACAGUGGCCAAAUGGAAUUGUUCCUUACAAUAUUCACUCCAGUCUUGCCACGCAACCAAAGGCAAUGAAAGCAAUCCAAGCUGGUAUGGAUCUCUGGAGCAGCAAAACCUGCAUCCGGUUUGUUCAGAGGACGGAUGAGAAAGCUUACAUAGAGUUCUUCAAAGGGAGAGGUUGUUGGUCAUACGUGGGACGAAUCGGAAAGAAACAACUACUCAGUUUAGCGGCAGGAUGUUGGGGCAAGGGUACAGUGUCACACGAAAUCGCCCAUGCCCUCGGGUUUUUCCACGAGCAAUCCCGCCCUGACAGAGAUGAUCACGUGACUAUACACUUUGAGAACAUUAAAGAUGGAAGAGCCGGAAACUUCAGAAAGUACCGAACGUCUUCUGCCAAUACGCUUCUAACCGCGUACGAUUAUGGCAGUGUAAUGCAUUAUGGGGCCAGAUAUUUCAGUAAGAAUAGAAAGCCGACAAUCGUGCCCAAGAAGAGCGGGGUUUUCAUUGGUCAACGAGCUGGUCCCAGCGCAACGGAUGUUCUUGAAAUGAACUCUGUCUACAAAUGCAGUGGACCAAGUUCUUUCGGUAAAUUCAGACCAUGA